GACGUAAAAUGUUUUAGCAGACAUGCGCUAGUAGUGCAAAUAAACUUGUGCAACAUGUACCUAAUCCAUGAGCAGAUGAUGCUAAAAUCUAUCUACUGAUCUUUCAAUACAGCUAAAUUUAUUUAACUAGUAAACUUUUGAAAUACGCGUUGAACCAUUUUACAUACACAAAUAAGUACUUCUUGCAAUUUUCUCUGUUCCACAAAACUUUGAUCAUACGUACUCUGCAAAUUUCUACUGGAAUAACCUUAGAAUCAAAACCGAAAUUAAUCAUGAUUGCUUUCACCGAUAUUUUGUGGAUCUUCGUAUUUCUCAUCGUCUUUCUCACCUCAUACCUCGCGUAUUCCGAUUUUAAAGAUCGUCAAUACUUUCACUCGAAGAAAAUCUUCCACUUUAGUAACGGGAUUUAUAAAACAAUAUACUUCAUGAUCUACCUUAUUUUGAAGAAAAAGCCCAUGAUGAUUGUCUACCAAAUGAAUUACGACAAACUAAAAAGGGCUAACGCCAAGUUGGGUGGAAGAACCCAGUUCGGCAAGAAAAAUUUUUUGGUGGCAGACUCAGAUCUUAUGAAACACAUUCUUGUCAAAGAUUAUGACCAUUUUGUUAAUCGGGGUGGAUUAAACAUGCCAGAAAGCGACAUUCUCGUCAAGAGGAUGCUCAUCUUUCUCAGUGAUGAGAAGUGGAAGGGAAUGAGAUCGAAGUUGAGCCCGACUUUCACCACGGGAAAGAUAAAGCGUCUCUUUUCCCUCUUCAACGACAGCGCCAAGAAGUUGAUCAAAUAUGUCGACGAAAGGAUGGCGGAGUCGACCGAUGGCGAAAUCGAGUUGGGCGACGGAUACUCAAAAUUCACAAUGGACACGAUCGCCUCCGCCGUUUGUGGCAUGAACUCGCAAGCAUUUGAUCAAAUUGAACCCUCAAUUUUUGAGAUGAUGGGAAAAAAGCUGCAGCUUUCAUUUAACGGGAGGACAAUUCUCAAGUUUUUUGUCAUGAUCAGCUUUCCGAAAUUUGCAGAACGGCUCGGGAUUACAUUAUUUGGGAAUGAUGUGCACCAAUUUUUUGCAGGUGCGAUUAAGUCUUCGGUUAAAGAGAGAAAUGACAUGGGGCAAAAAGGCAACGACUUUAUUCAAUUGAUGUUGGAGGCGAGGGAGGAUAAGCUAAAAACGGAUGAAAGUGAGUUGGACUCGUUUGAGAAGGAUGCAAUCAUAAAGAGUGAGGUCAAAGGUCAAGCGUCGACUGCCAACUUGUUAGAUGAUGACGGGAUAGUGUCAAAUUGCGUACUAUUCAUUUUGGCCGGAUUUGAUACGACACAAUCACUUCUGCUGUUUUGUGCAUAUUCUCUCGCACUUCAUCCAGAAAUUCAAGAUAAGCUAAGGAAGGAAGUUGAAGCCGUUUUGGAUGAAAAUGAUGGCGAUUUCACAUAUGACUCAAUACACAGAAUGACAUAUCUCGAUAUGGUCAUUAAUGAAACCUUGAGAUUUUACCCACCAGCACCAAUGACGAAUCGAACUUGCAGUCAAGACUACUUGAUCCCAGGGACCGAAAUGGUGGUGAAGAAAGGAGACGGCGUCAUUAUUCCAAUCAUGGCUAUUCAUCACGACGACCGGCAUUAUCCAGAACCUGAAAAGUUUGAUCCUGAGAGGUUCUCACCGGAAAAUAAGAGAAAACUUAACACUUAUGCUUUCCUUGCGUUCGGUCAAGGGCCAAGAAAUUGCAUUGGAAUGAGAUUUGCAUUGACCGAAGCGAAGCUGGCGAUUGCCCAACUCGUCCAUAAUUUUGAUAUCGAACCCUCCAAAAGGACACCGAUUCCGAUGGAGUAUCAAAAUGCAGCAGCUCUGAAACCAAAGGAAGGCAUGUGGCUGGCCCUGAAACGAAGAUCGGGGACAAUUGCAGGGUAGUUCUUGACUGAAAUUAUGAUUAUUAAAACACAAAUUGCAAUGAAACGAAGUUCGGGGCGAAUUCUAACUAAUCAGUGCAUAUUGCACUCCAAAUUUACAAAUCGUACCUGUUGACACAUAAGUCGUUCCUACUUUUAUUUGAAUUUUAAAAAUGACAAUACAAACAUAAAGUUGCUAUUGACAAGGUCUUCUACUCUUGAUUUAUAAAUAUCCAAGAUUAUUUGACACUUUAUCAAUCUAUAAGAUACUAAAUGUCAAGCAAUCGUGGUAAAUAUCUAAACUCAGGAUGAUUUGAAACAAUUUACACUAAUGAAACACCGGCCGUAGCCGUUAGUGAUUGAAGAAUCCUGAUCUAAACUAAAUUCUUAGCAAUAAUAUGCAUGAUACAAAUUCAAAGUAAUGCCUGUAAAUUAAUAUUUCACCCUUGUCUCAUUGCUACAAAAUAUAUGGCUCGAAUUCAACUUAUUGUAUCCAUAUAUGUAAGUAUGAGUGUAUAUAUGAAAAUACUUUUCUUACAUAAGUCACAAAAUCUGAAAACUUCAAAAAAAUCAAAGACCAAACCCUUUACGUAUAUUUUUUUGAUGGAAAAUGUAAAAUAUAGUAACCUAAAUAUUCACAUAUUUGCAAUCAUUGAAACAUAUUUGAAGUACUUUAUUUAAUUUUUGAGUUAAUUCACUUAUUAUCACAAAUCGCGUUAAACGAGAUCAAGGAUUUGUUUGAUUAUGUCGCCAUACGAUUUUGAUCAUGUUUUAAUUAAGGGUGUUGGAAUAUCCAUACAUAAUUAAAUCCUAACUGACAAAGAUGUGUGCUAAUAAAUUUAAUGCACUCACAUUUUCUCAUGA